ACUCUAAACCCAAACACUUUCUCUCUUUAUUAUAUUUCUAAAAUCUCAAACAUCUCGCUAAGCAUAUAUGUAAUUAUGUAUAUAUAGAGACCUAUGAACUAAAAGUCCAACCAACGCACAUAAAAUCCAAACCCUCAACCUCCUUCUCUUCCUCUUCCUCUUUCUCCUCCUCUUCUUCUUCUUCUUCUUCUUCCUCCAUGUCUGAUGAACACAGAGACCUCUACUACCAUGCUCCUUCCCAUGAAGAUCACUAUGAUAUCAUCGAUGAAGCUGGAGGUUACAAUCAAGAGCCUCCUUCCAUUUCGUCAACUUAUGGGUCACAAGGGUUUGAUCCUUCUUCCUACAUGAGCUUCACUGAGUGCUUACAUGGAUCCAUGGACUAUAACUCUCUUGCAAAAGCCUUUGGCAUGUCGCCUUCGUCUUCUGAAGUUUUUUCUUCUAAACAAGGCAAUCCAAAGCCUGUGGAAAUUGGAGACUUAGGUGGAGGUGGAAACGGUGAAAAUCCUGUCACCCCAAAUUCUUCUGUUUCUUUCUCUUCAAGUGAGGCUGGUGUUGAGGAAGAUUCAGGAAAAACAAAGAAAGAGAUCCCACCAAAAAGGUCUGAGGAUGGAGGAGAAUGCUCUAAGAAAGAGGGCAAGACAAAGAAGAAAGGAGAGAAAAGGCAAAAAGAGCCAAGAUUUGCCUUCAUGACAAAGAGUGAGGUUGAUCAUCUUGAAGAUGGGUAUAGAUGGAGAAAAUAUGGACAGAAGGCUGUUAAGAACAGUCCUUAUCCAAGGAGCUAUUACAGGUGCACUACUCAGAAAUGUACGGUCAAGAAACGAGUAGAGAGGUCAUACCAAGAUCCAUCCAUUGUGAUUACAACAUACGAAGGGCAACAUAAUCAUCCGAUCCCUGCCACGCUUAGAGGAAAUGCUGCAGCUAUGUUCUCACAUUCUAUGCUUACACCAGCUCCCAUGGGAACUACUAGGCCUACCUUUCCUCAGGACUUUUUGGUUCAAAUGGCACCCCAUAUAAGCAACCAAGUGGGUGCAAACUCUAUGUAUCCACAGAGUCUUAAUAACCAACAUCUUCAUCACCAGUAUCAUCAGGUUCCUGACUAUGGACUUUUGCAAGACAUAGCCCCUUCCAUGUUCUUUAAACAAGAGCCCUGAAAUUAAGUGUUUCUUUCUCAUUUGUACAUAUACAUACUUCAACUACUUGGGUUCAAUUAUCAUCUUCUUCCUGAUUUUUGAGUUAGGUUACCAUAUGACACUUCUCUUCUUGAUCGAUCUUGCUUAAUUAUGCCCACUUCGAAUACUACCAAGGAGUGGACUAUUUAUGGUUUUUUUUAGGGAUUGGAGGUGAUCAUGUGCUUGAUGAGAUGCUAUACAGAUCAACAACGAGAAAAAUGUUUCAGAGAAUCCAAGAAGAUGAUGAGGUCAACCCGUAUAGCGGUUUUUCAAAAACCUAGCGUUAGGAGAUUGCAUUUGCAUGUGCGUGUACUGCGAAAUGCAAUCCCAUUGGAUGCUUUUAUUAUUGUAUGGAAAUGUGAGAAUGAGAUCCUUGGGGAUUUUUCUUCCUUUUCUUUUCUUUUUAAUGAAUGGAAGAAUUUCUCUUUCUUAUUUAUUAUAUAAAAUCAUCUCUCUCAGCAAA